AUGGAGUACUUACCGUCCGAGCAUUGGCUAUCGGAAGAGGAUGACUUCACCGGCAGCAUCCACCUGUUCGAUCUCAGACUGAAUUGCUCCACCAUUUCAAGACCAAGUGUAUCACCGGAUGAAAUGCACUCGGACCCGUUCUUCACACCGACCUGUCCGGGAUGGUACAACUACACACCAUCUCCACCGAACCACUCAUACCACAUGUCCGCACCAUCUGGCAGCUUCGACUUUGCAAACGACAGUCGAUUCUGCACUUCCCGGCCACCGUUAACGAAUCUAGCCUUUCCUCCAGCUGAAAGAAUGGAGUUAGCAAACGGAGUAGGCAAAAUCAGUCGCCGCCGCGCUCAAAACCGUGCCGCGCAACGAGCGUUCCGCGAGCGCAAGGAGAGAAGAACCAAAGAUGUCGAGAUCCAGCUCGCGACGCUGAAGGAGGAGUAUCGGUCACUGGAGUGCUCGCAUGCACAACUUUCCGCGUCCUACGAGAAGAUGCGGAAGGCGAUGGAGGUGCUGACCAGGGGUGGCGGUGAGAAGUUGAUGGAUGAUGCGAAUACUGUGAGGGACCUGCUAGGUGUUUUGUGUGGAGAAUUUGAGAUCAAGGAGGAGAAGUAA